UAAAGCCGGGAGGUACUUUGCCUAGUUAGUCACGACCCAUUCGCGGUGACCAAUGCUUGGACAAUCUCAUUUUGACAGAACGAUGCGCUUUAUAAGGCUCUCUACUGUCGCUAUCUUGUCAGUCAGUUGUUGAGCAAUCAUCUCUGUUAUCUAAGAGUUUCCUGCCUGCUAUCCGCCACCGUUUACAACCAUGUCCACCUGGAAUAGUCUCAUCCUGGCGGUGUCUUGCGCCGCCGCCCUGGUUACCGCCGCACCGCCUGGACCGACGGAAACCCAACAGCCGGCCAAGAUGCAGCUGCACGUCAGCGCCGGUCAUCCCAAUACACCGACCAAUCACCACAACCCUCCUCCUUCCAAUCCCGUCGUCGUGCCCAAUCCCAACAUUAACCAGCAGAGCCAUCAUGAAGCGGGUCCAGUGGCGGCUGGAGCGACCAACUAUGAAUCCUAUUCUCCAGGCUACAGUGGUGGCGGUAGCAAUUAUGGUGGCGGUGCGGAAUACAGCAGUGACAAUUAUGGAUUUGAUUGUUAUGGAAAGAAGCCCGCUCUUUAUGGCGAUGCCAAUUAUGACUGCAGGAUAUACCAUGUAUGCCAAGCCGAUGGACGAUCGGACACAAUUAAGUGUCCAAAGUGGACAAGAUUUAACAACUACCUGGGCAUCUGUGACUGGCACUUUAAGGUGGACAAUUACUGCAACCCUCUGCCCGAUUACAAAGGUGAUGGUUAUGGAUCUGGCUACAGCCAAGGCGGUUCUGGAGGCUAUCAACAAGGCGGCGGUGGAUAUUAAUUAUGUGGUUUUCACUUGAUCUCACUGCCAAAAUAUUAUGUGGUCAUUCCUAAAAGCCGAAAUAGUCUCUUUUGUAGUAGCGAAUUUUUUUGAUAUGCGUUUCACUAUCGGUGUACGUUACUUACCAAAAUCUGCGUCUAACUGCCGUCACCCGAAAAGAUUUCGGUAAUUUAUUUGUCAGGCAUAUGUGAUAAAUCAACAAUU